AUGGAUUCAUUGAGUUUUGGUCAAAAUAACUCCAGAACAAAUUGUCAGUCCUGCAGCAUACAAAAUAACUAUAGCAAAAAUGACAAAUUACAUAGUUAUGUGUGUGAUUGUAAAAUAUAUGGUGUGCAACAGAUGCAACUUCGACGUCUGAAGACAGAUACACCUAGAGAAAAAAAAGACGCUAAAUAUUACGAAAAGAGAAAGAGGAACAACAUGGCAGCUAAAAAGUCCAGAGAAGCCAAACGUAGAAGAGACAAUGAAAUUGCAUUGAAAUUAUUUCUAUUAGAAAAAGAAAACAUGUUGUUAAAGUUCCGACUAAGUACAGUAUCCGAAGAGCUUGAAAUUAUAAAGAGAACGUUAGUUUUAUAUAAUACGAAUCAAGUUAUUUGGACAAAUAACGUCUUACCGACUUUUCAACAAAAAUAA